AUGACAGCAUCCUCUCGCUGUCCUGGUGUUCUUCCCACUUUCGCUGACUACAACAACUCCUGGGCGCCAGCUUGCAUCUCCACAAAUUUUCAUUCGACCACUGGCAAAUCACAAUGCAGAUUUACUUACAUUGGUGCGGCCUUGGAGUCUACCUGUUGGGUUCUUGUCUACCAAGUGGCGCAGGUCGGAAGGCACCACAAGUGUGCAGGAAUUGCGUAUCUGCAAUUACAUGCCAAGAAGGCUGAGGCUCAGGCUUUCAGUGCCUCAUCCCCUGGCCAUCUAUACACCCCACACAAUGGUGCUGCCAUUUCCCUGCCAUUGCUCACUUACCCCUUGAGUGCUGGUGAGCUGUCCUCCGAUUGCAUGGCCUCUGGCAGACAUAGCCAUGGGAGCGGAUCACAUUCACCCCCCUCCACCAUUCCCUAUCCCGUGAUCGUUCCCAGGUCGCAUCACUUCAACCCAAUUGUCGCACCCACGACUCAGGCCAGCAUUAGGGCACACUGGUGGAGAUCAAGCAGGAGCAACGACGACAGUGAUGAAGAGGACAACAACUUCCAGCCAGCCAACCUCUCUGCCGAUUUACCAUUCGUAAGCAGUGCAUUGGAACAAAGGGGAAGAGAUGAGCUCAGGGACAGCUAUGUGCACCACAAGGAUACCCCUCCUGUGUCCAACCAGAAAUCCAGCAAGGUAUCUUUGCUUGACCAAGCACCUGGACACAUUAGGUAUCUUGAGACCACCAAAGAGCAGUUGGAACUCUGCCUCCAAGGAUGCCCACCUUUUCAACUGUGCACAGUGCAAAUGCCCAUCAGAACACACUGGAGAAUUUUUGAGUGUACCUACAUAUUAGUAGUUUGCCAGUUGUAA